UUGGGGGGGUGGGGUUUAAAGGUUUCUGAGAGAAGCUAAGAAGUGAAAAACGAAUCCAGAGAGGCGGAGAGAUCGUUUCUUCGACACUAUGGACGAAUAGCGAUCUGGAGAGUGGAUUCUUAUCUGGUUUUCUGGCGGCGGCGGAGUGUUCAAAGAGUUGUCUGACCUGAUUAUUAGGUGUUAUUCCAGUUGAUGGUCGCAGGGAGAAGAUUUUCACCAUGAACGGUAAUGGAUAUAGCAGAAUGGAGUCUGAGUAUAUACGGAGACACCACAGACAUGAAACCAGAGAAAAUCAGUGUAGUUCUGAAGUCGUUAAACACAUCAAGGCUCCUGUUCAUCUCGUUUGGUCUUUGGUAAGGAGAUUCGAUCAACCGCAGAAGUAUAAACCAUUUAUCAGUAGGUGCGUUGCGCAGGGGGACUUUGAGAUUGGCAGUGUUAGAGAAGUAAACGUUAAGUCCGGGCUCCCAGCCACAACCAGCACAGAAAGGCUGGAGCUUCUUGACGAUAGCGAACAUAUUCUCAGCAUCCGGAUUGUCGGCGGGGAUCACAGGCUAAGGAACUACUCAUCAAUCAUUAGCCUUCAUCCAGAGAUCAUUGAUGGGAGACCGGGGACACUGGUGAUCGAGUCAUUUGUGGUAGACGUGCCUGAUGGGAAUACAGUGGAUGAAACUUGCUACUUCGUUCAGGCCCUGAUCAAGUGUAAUCUCAAGUCAUUAGCAGAUGUAUCAGAGCGACUGGCGGUGCAGGACCGAACAGAACCAAUAGGUCGAAUCUGAAUAGGUGGCGGUUGUCGGUUGGCAAUUUGGCAUGGGGUGGUGGAGGCUCCAAUCGCCAUGGAUGAAGCUUCCGAUGCUUUUGGAUCUUGGAAGCUUUGGAAACAGACUGGUUGCAGAUUUUCUUCCACUGCAGGGAGACCUUACUCCCUAUUCUGCUUUUGUUUCAUUCUCGUUUUUCGUUUUAAAAUGAUAAUGGGAUUUCCUGUCUCUUUAGUACAGCAAGAACCACCUCUUGCUUCCGAAGCUACCUUUGCAUUUAGUCCCCCUCUCACCCCACAACCUCCCUCCCCCCAAAAAAAGGUAAAAAAGAAAAGUAGGUUCCCCUCUGAUUUUCCUGGAGUUUUGGCCAUGGUGUAUUGACCAAUGGUUGUAUAUAUCUCUAUUGCAAGGAGUUGCUGUUUAUAAAUAGAUUUCUAUGCUCUAAUUGUUUGAGAAA